AAGAGCAGCGUGUCACACUCUGAUCCUCCAAGCACCUUCCCCGACUCUUUGUAGUCCUUGUUAGAAACAGAAAUCUGCCUCCAGCGCGCAGUGAAAGCGUGAGAUUUCAAAAUCUUGGCACAAAACUGUGUUUCUCCAUUUGGUCCUUUAGUUGGUCCUUUGAUUUGGAGGACUGUGGAAGCUUCUUACAUCUUUUGGGAUUAUUUGGCUGGAGUGGUCAAAGAAUUUCUUGAAAUGCUUUUAUUUAGUUCUGACGUUCUUCACAACAUAUAGGGGAGGAUUUUCUGUCCAAACAUUUGAAGCCUGGUGGAAUAUUGCAAUGGCAGUUCAGAUGACUGAUGGUCAUCGACGGUUCUUGCAGGUCCUGAUGUCUCAUGGGAUAAUGGAAGGAUCAGAGGCUAGGAAGUUACACAGGCAUUGCUGCGAAAUCCAUAAAGUCUACUAUGCGCAUGAUAAAUUGGAUGAUUUCAUCAAUACUAUUAACAUCCAUCUGCAGCCUUUGUUUAUGCAGAUCCGGAAAGGAAUGUCUGAAGAUGACGGGAGAGUGCGUUAUGCCCUAGUGAAUCUGGCAGAAACUGAAAUAACUAAAAUGGCAUCUGACUAUACAGAAAAUGAAUUAGAACUGUUCAGAAAAACAAUGGAUCUAAUCAUUUUAUCAGAGAACGGCUUUGCCUCUUCCACAGAGAUUUUAAACUUUGCUGACCAACUGAAAACAAAGAAAAUGAAGAAAAAGGAAGCAGAGCAAGUGUUGAAACUUUUUGUGGAGGAUAAGUGGCUCUCUGAGAGAAAUGGGGAAUAUACUCUGCAUACUCGCUGCAUAAUGGAGAUGGAACAAUACAUUCUCAGCAACUACCAAGAUGUGGCAAGGAAGUGUAACAUCUGUCACAGCCUUGCCAUCCAGAGCCAAGUAUGUGAAACCUGUGGAAUUGGAAUGCAUUUACCUUGUGUUGGAAAGUACUUCAAAGCUCAGACUGAACCACACUGUCCUCACUGUAAUGAUUUCUGGCCUCAUGAGAUUCCAGAGGUGAGUCGGAUAGAUUCCCAGUUGUCCUCAAAAAGAGAAAGAGGAAAAGAGCUUCAUUCUCAGCACUAGAUGGUGUUAAGACUUGCUUUCAGUGAAAUUCUUUUUCUGUUCUCUUCAAAAUAGCCAGACUAUAAUUGUAUUUGUUAAUAACAGUGUAAUUUUAAGAGUGUUUAUUUUUUUCCAAAGUUCUUAAGAAGCUUGCAAUAAAAUUGUCAUUGACCUUCUUGUUCUCCUAAACAGUUAUGUCCGCACAGCUUUCCUGGAGGCUGUCUUGCACACACAACUCUCCAUAUUCUUAGGUUGAGACACUCUGUGUAUGUUUGAGAAUGAAAGAUGUAAAUGCUUUGGCUCAGUCCUGUAAGCUAAUCUGUUCAGUGGAGCCUUUCUCGAGUAUAGUGUUCCAUAUUUGUACAGUUUCACUUACACAACUGGAAAUGAAACCUGUUACUAGUGCCACAGGGCAUGUGUAUAUCUAUCAACCUGAAAACAAACCUCCCCAAACCUAUGCUGAUUUUAGGUAUUUACAUUUUUACAUGGUGUUAAAGUAGGGGAAAAAUGUCCAUUCACUAAAAAAGGCUGGUUGAAUGUUUGAUCUGGGGCAAGUUUGAACACUUUAAGCUGGCACUGUUGCUUGGUUUUUGCCCCAAGAUAGUUCAUCUGACAUAAAACCAAUCACAAGCAGCAUGUUCAAAAACAGAGGGAAUAAUUUGAUGGUCAGAACUAGUGGGAAGGAGUAGGGCAAGAUGGUCAGUAGCAAUGCCAGUUUAUGCCAGCAAAGUAUUGAAAAAUCAUAGUCCUAUUCUUUAGUUUUUAGUACUAACACUUCUCUCUCUCCCAUUUUCUGAAAGGCUGCUUUUUCCUUGUAAGAGUGGCUUGAUAAAAAGACGAUAUUGCUAAGUGCCAGAGAGUUGAAUGGCAGCAUAUCUCUCCUUGGUAGAAAUGAAAGGCAUUCCAGACUUUCUCAGGGAAAAGCAGAAUGCCCUCACUUCACCUGAUCAAUAACCAAAAGAAUCAGAGAUCGGCAUCAUGCUUCAUGUUAGCACUUUUUUUUUUAAUGUAUUGAACUUGUGGACAGCACUCUCCCUCACUGUUUAAAUAACUUCAAUUUUUACUGAUACUAAAUCCCAACAGAAGGAAACACUAGCUAUGUAUGUUUUUUGUUCCAAACACUGUUUGCGCCACAGCGUCUUGGCAGUGCCUAUAUAUAGAGCUGUUUUGGAUGUACAAACACAUUCAAGACAAUCAGCCAGCAUAUGCUCUUUACAAGGACUUUAUAUUAGAAACAUUCACAAAAAUAAAGUGGCUGUAGCAACUUC